CUGGUGCGUGCCAAGGGCGCUGCCGCGGCCGGCGUUGGCGUUGGCGUCGGCGUCAGCGUUGGCAGCGGCAGUCGGUACAAGGUGACGGCACGAUGUGUGCCGGAGGUGAGCAUCACAUCGCCGACCAUCGCCGGUCAGCAACAGCUGCAUCAGCAACAACAGCUGCAACAUGAUGCACCGAACAAACACAUUACGCUGCUGCGCAGCCGCUCACAGCCGACGUCUAACAGCAUUUUCUCGCCAGGCUUAGGCAUAGCCGUGGGCAACGCCACUCUGGUCGAGGAGGAGGACUUUAGUUUGCUGACCGCCGAGCCUGGCAAUUGGUCGGCCAGUGGCAGCGGCGCUGCCAAGAACGUCUUGCAGCGACAGCUGGCAACCACGACGCAACUGGACGAGCAGCAGCAGCAGCAGCAACAGCAACAGCAGCAACAAGAGGAUCAGGAGCAGCAGCAAUUGCAAUCAAUUGGAGGCGACAUUGAGGCACCCAACGAGCUAACACCGCUGGUGGAGGAACAUUGCGCCGCUGCCACCGCCGCCACCACACACAGCACCACGGGCACCACAACGACCAACAGCUACAGCCACAACUCGAAGACGACACGCUCGUGGCCGGUGAUCUAUCGCAAUCCGCAUCACUGCGACUACGAGGCGCUGUACGUGCAACAGCCUCCAGCAUCAGCGCAACAGCAACCAUCUUCGCAAUCCUUCAAGCAGAACUGUUACUCCAAUCAGUUCAAGCAAUCGAUCGUCUACUCCAGCAGCAAUGAGGAGCUGCCCGGUGGUGCGGGACCAGAGUUAACCGAUUUGACGCCACGUCAAACUACUUGCUACUAUUUUGCGCCCAGUCGGCACAAUAGCAUUUAUGAGCAUCCCUCGUCCGUCGUUGGCGGCUCCUUGCAAUUUGACGCCGCUGGCAACGCAGCAACCACAGCGGCAGCGGCUGCUGCCGUUGAGAGUCUGAGACGCAGCAACAGCAUUUUACUGCGGCAGAACAGUUGCGCCAAGGUCAUACAGCGUCGGGGGAGCGGCAGUGCUGGAGGUGGUGUUGGUGGAUUGGACACAUCCACAUCGCUCAGUUCGCACAUGGACGGUCUCGGCAUGGGCAGCGGAACAGGCGCCAGUGCCUGUUGCUCCAGCUGCUGCAUGGGACCGCCGCCAGUGUUGUUCCUCUUUGUCACACUCCUGAUGACAACCAGCGCCACGGCGAUGCUGUGUGCUGCUAUCAUGACUGAUCACUGGGAGCACGUGACGUGGGAUCGCAACAGUCUGGAUCGUUACUCCAAUCGUUCUGGGCUGCAUCUGGAGUGGCUGCUCGAUGAAAAGGUCGCUGUGCUCAAACCGGAUAAAAGGGCCGAUCAUCGCUUUCGACGGGAUUCAGUGUUUCUGGUACCGAUGCACGGCGGCAUUUGGACAUUGUGCAUUGAUCUGCCCAUGCAGCAGCUACAGGAACUGCGGCGCAAUCCAAAAUUUCCACGCGGUGCGCCACCGUGUGUCAACUAUCUGGCUGGGUCCAUGGAGAACGCGCGUGGCGAGGAGCAGCGCAACGAUUGGCAGCACAGUGAGUCACAGGUCAUCACACUGCAGCCGCAUCUGAGAAUGCAAAACCUGUCCAUAUCCUGUUCACUGGUCUGCCUCAUCAUUCUGGGCAGCGCUGCUUUGGUAGGCGCCUUUGGCGUUUGUCAGCGUCAAAUCAGUGCCAUUCUCAUCACGGGAGUCAUGUAUCUGCUGGCAGCUCUCUUUGCGCUGUUUACGCUCAUGAUCAUCCACUUUAAACGGCAGCAAGGGCGCCCCAUGCUGGACAGCGAUUACGAUGGCACCGUCGACGGCAUUGUGGCGCGUCCCGGUGGCGUGGCCAUUGUGGCUAAGCCGCUGCUGGGUGCCCGCGUGUUCCUCACCUCGUGGAGCCUCGAUCUGGGAUGGGGCGGUGUAGUGUUGUGUGCGAUCACAUCGGUGCUAUGGAUUCUGCUGUCGAAGAUCAUGCGCUACAACCCAUUCUCGGCCUUGAUGAUUUAGCUAAACGCCCUGCCGCUCGGCGGCUAUGGCAGCUACGAUAGCUAUGGCAGCUAUGGCAGCACCACCAACAGCAGCAGUGGCAGCAGCAGCGGCGCCAGUGCCAGCUAUUUGUUGGGUGUGGGUGCCACAUCGUCGACGCGGCAAGCGGAGCAUCGGGGCAAGGGCAAAUACAUACUCUGAGCUUCCCCCAAAUUUCCCUUCUAUUCUUCUACAUAAUUAAUCCUGUAUUUUUCCCUUCUCAUCUUUGGUUGAAAAAUGUACCAAAACCCAAAAAAAAAAAAACAAAGAAAACCUACAAAUACCCGCAACAAAAAAUCAAUUGCCUUGUUCUUAUAUUAAUACGUAUAAAUUAUACCUUAUACUUGUACUUAUUGCAAUUAUGUCUUAAUCUUAUUGUAAAUCAAAUUUACAACUCUCUCACAUAAAAUUUUUGUAUACAUUAUAUAUAUAUAUUUACUGUUAGCUAUUCUACACGAAUCAAAAAGAAAUAUGUCAAAAAGAACCCAAAAAAAGAAAAACAAAUGAAAACUCUCUAUACACAACAACUAUCGAUACAAAGUAGAACUUGAAAUGUUCGGGGUUUAUUUACAAAUUCCCAAACGGGGCUUUUUGCUUUUGAUGCCGCUUUAAUAUAGUAACAAUUUCGCUUGCCUCUAGAGCAUUACCAAUGUCAAGUUAGUGGGGCCUAUGCAAAUAUGCAAAAAGUAGUUCCGGGAAACAAACCAACAUCAAAAAACCAUAUAAUAUACAUAGAGUGCUUUAAAGUUUAAACUAUGGUUUACAAAACUUCUUGAAACUAAACCAACAAGUGUAUUUUUAUGCAAACGCUUUGCCUUAAAUAGAGAAAAACCAAAAACCAAAAAAUAAAUUAAAAUUAUAAAAAUUAAAAUUAAAUAUUAAUAAAAAAUAAAAAUAAAAUAUGAAAAUA